AUGCCCUCAGCCGUUUCCGAUGCACCUUCGGUCUCCAUGAGCUUCGCAAACAAUUUCUGGGGCAAAGAUGAUGCGGGAGUCGAGCCUCUGCUGUUACGCAUGCAAAAUGCAAAGCAAACUUGCGACGAACUCAAGUCUUUCUAUCUCGCCCGCGCAGCUCUCGAGGAUGAUUAUGCACGCAAGCUCAUCGCCCUAUCACGAAAGCCAUUAGGUUCUCAGGAGGCUGGAACGCUACGGGCUUCGUUGGAUGUAGUGCGCGGGGAGGUUGAGCACAUGGGUAAAUCGCACCAAAACAUUGCCAGCCAGAUGAAAACAGAGCUGGAGGAGCCGCUGGCGGCAUUUGCGGGUGCAAUGAAAGAGCGAAGGAAGAUUGUCCAGGGUGGUGUUGAGAAACUAUUGAAAGUCAAGGUUCAGCAGACCAACCAAGUCAACAAGACCAGAGACAAAUACGAGCAAGAGUGCCUAAAGAUCAAGGGCUACCUGGCACAAGGUCAUAUGGUCAUGGGCCAAGAGGAGAGAAAGAACAAAGCUAAGCUGGAGAAGACACAGAUAAAUCUUGCGGCAUCGAACACGGAGUACGAAAAUGCGGUCAAGGCGCUCGAGGAGACUACUGGAAGAUGGAAUAGAGAUUGGAAAGCCGCGGCCGAUAAAUUUCAAGACCUCGAGGAGGAACGACUGGACUUCAUGAAGAGCAGUCUUUGGAGCUUUGCCAACAUCGCUUCGACCGUCUGUGUUAGUGACGACGCUUCUUGCGAGAAAGUGCGCCUGUCACUCGAGAACUGCGAAGUUGAGAAGGAUAUCGCUACCUUCAUCAAGGAAUGUGGAACAGGCCAGGAGAUCCCUGACCCUCCCAAAUACAUCAACUUCUGCCGCGGCGAUGUCAGCGACACUGCAUCUGAAGCAUCCGAGGACGACCACUAUUCUGUUGCUCAAUUCCCACGCACUAUCAACCCAGCAUUCAGAAGCUCCUCGCCACAACCAUCUACGUACGAAUCUCACCACGAUCCCCAGUCUGUUCUCGCCAAAAAUCUUGCUCAUGAGCCUGAGACCCCUCCCAGCCGCGAAACUACCUUGACUCCCAAAAAGGUAGUUGCGGAUAGAUCAAGACAAGCACAUGUCGAGGAUUAUCAGCCACCACCUGUCAAGCAGCUUGACCACCAGCCUCCUCCCGCCAAAAAAUCUCAACUUGAAUACAGACAGCCUCAGGUUGAAUACCAUCAUCCGCCUGUCAAAAAACCUCAGGUUGAGUAUAGACAACCUCAAGUUGAAUAUCAGCCUCCGCCUGUCAAAAAAACUCAAGUUGAGUACAGACAGCCUCAAGUUGAGUACCAGGCGAUCAAACAGCCUCAGGUUGAGUAUCAGCCAAAACAAGCUCGUCAGCAGCAGCACCUUGAGCAGCCUCCGCCGAAACAAGCUCCUAGACAGCAACUUGAGUAUCAAGCUCAGCAAAGACAAGUUCAACACGAGGCUCCGCGUCAACAAAAUCAACUCACUUACGAGCAAUCGCAGCAUGGACCCCUCGCCGCAGUACCACAUGACCCUUACCCGAUGGACGGAAUGACCAUGCUUUGCCGCACAGCACCUCCGUCAGACAGAAGCUCUGCUCACAGUGGAGUCCGGCCAUCCAGUCGCGACUCAAACAGCGAAUAUUCCAAUCCAACUUCAUUUUCAACCAACGAUCCCGUUAGUGGCAAGACCUCGCCUGUCAAGCAAGUUGCACCCUCGCCUGAGAAACAGGUGAUGAAGAAGAAGAGUGGAUUCUUCCAAGGCCACAGCCCAUUCCGACGCAAGAGCAACAAGGAGAAAGAGCAACAAGCUGUGACACCAUCAAACCGAAACACGUGGUCCGCUAGAUCAUCAGCCACUGUACAAAGCAGCCCCUCUAGGAGACCUCAGAUUUAUGGUCGGGAAUCGCAGAAUCUGAUCAGUGACAGACCUACGGCUAGUCCGGAACCCGUCGAUCCCCGAGCAACCUUUGCAUUGAAUGUUGGGAACAAUGUGUUCGAUGUCACAGCCUCAGAUAAGAGGAGCCAAACGUCUCCAAGCAAGCCAUCGCAAGAGGAGGAGCUUGAUCCAAUUGCCAAAGCAUUAGCCGAGUUGAAGGGGGUGACGAAAGCCUCAUCAAAGCGGAUCUCGGCAGAUAAUUACCACGGGGUUGCAACUCCACCAACUGGAGCUAGCCCCAGUAAAAGACCUAUAGGAUCUCAGAUGACUAACGGUUCUUUGAUCGCAGGUAUGCGAGGAACGCCCCCUCCAUCGUAUGACCAGCCUGUGCAGAUGCUCGGAUUGCCACAGCCAGCUUUCACUUCGAAGGCCAUGCAGCAAAGUCGUCAAAAGUAUGUCGAUCAGACCCAGACCAUGUUCAGCGCAUCGAGGCCUGGUUCUCAGAGUGGUUACGGGUCAGGAUCGCAAUCACGUCCAGGCACUCGCGGAAGUGACAUGCCCCGAGCUACAUCGCCAGCACCUCCACGCAGUGUUUCGCCUCGACCUCUUGUGCAAGCUGAUGCAAGACAAUCAUACCGAUCUGCUUCUCCAAAUCCUUAUACGGGUAGCCAACGCUCUCGUGCUCAAUCCUCGACUCGCUCAACUCCCCAGAAGCAUGGCUCAGACCAGUAUUACAGCCACAACUCGCCGGGUGAUAUAGCCCGCGCUGUUUCACCAGCUCCUUUCCGCGAUCAACAGCGACCUAAUAGCAGUCAUGUUAGCAACGAUAUGUCCAUGCAGAUGCAGCUUGCCCCUGCUCCGGAUGACAGUCAUGGCUCUCAAUAUGGGGGAUCUCAGAGAGGCGGUAGAAGCGUGGGAUCUGCCAAUUCUAGAUCGAUGAGCCAGUACGGAGGUAGCCAGUACGGGGGUAGUCAGUCGAGCCAACAGAUCACUCGACAGCGAAGUAAGAGUGUCGCAGAUGUCAGACAGUACAAUAGAGAAGGGAGACCUAUUCUUCAUUUCGCACGUGCGAUGUACAUGUACCAAGCCGCCAUUCCCGAGGAACUGAGCUUCGCCAAAGGAGAUGUCCUGGCUGUCUUGAGACUUCAAGACGAUGGAUGGUGGGAGGCUGAGGUGGCAGGGAAGAAUGGCAGGCCCGGUCUUGUGCCGAGCAAUUAUCUGCAGAACUGCUGA